CCGAACAUGAUCGAACGAGCGCCCAAGAAAUUUCGAAAAAAUUGGUGAAAAAGUGCGACGAGAGCUGCAGAACCCUAUCCAUGGCCGGAGAGGCGGGAGGAGAUCCCAGAGCGUGGUUGGCCGUAGACGAGACGGCGGCGGCCUUCAUCUCCCGCUCCCUCGCCUCGCGCCCCCCAAUCAUCCUCCCGCCGCCGCUCCACCGUGCGCCGCUCCGCCCGGGCAACGUCGUCGAGAUUGCCGGCCCGUCCAACUCCGGCAAGUCUCACCUUCUUCUCAUGGCUGCAGUGCAGUGCAUAUUGCCAAAGGAAUGGGAGGGCAUCUACUUUGGGGGCCUGGGGAAGUCAGUCAUGUACUUGGACCUGGACUGCCGAUUUGAUGUGUUGCGGCUGGCUCAAAUUCUGAGGAAUCGAAUUGCUGAGGGUUUUGCACAUCUGAGAAAUGGAGGCCUUGAAAAGGAUGGCACCAAGGACGAAUUUCAGUGUUCUUUUGAAAACACGCUGUUCUCUGAUUGCAUGCAGCAUUUCUUGUAUGUCCGUUGCUACAACAGUUCUGAAUUUACAGCUGCUUUGAAGACUGUACAGUCUCAAUCAAGGAGUGAAGUUCUUGGUGUCGGUAUAUAUUUUGUUAUGAUAGACAGCAUUGGUGCUUUCUACUGGAUAGAUCGUGCUUCUCAACCUGUCCGAGAGAGUAAAGGGAAGUCACUGCAGAGCGUUACUGAAACUGUUGUCCACGAGAUACGCACGUUUUUGCAACUUCAACCUGCAUUGGUGUUGGUCACGAAGGCACCCAUUUAUGCAGAAGGCACUACAACAGCAAAUGACUUCAAUAGGGGUUCUUCGAAGUACACGCUGGAGGAUUCAACCGUUUUGAGAUAUUCAAGACAGGAGGAAGAAAGAACUCUCUCUUAUCGGGAAUAUAUGCCAUCAAUAUGGCAGUCCUUUGUUACACACAGGAUAAAUCUGCAAGUAGAAGAAGCAGAAGUUCCCUCUGUGCAGGAAAAUGGGGUGCAUUCUACACAUACUUCUGAGUGGGUGCAACCUUCCCUUAAAACAAAGGAGAAGUUUUCUAUUGUGGAUGAUGGUGUUAUCCUUAUACAGUGAAUUGUGCUGAUGAAUAUGUCCAACCUCACUAAAACCUUUGAAAAGAAGUAUGCACACCUAUGGGAUAUGCUGUGAGGUACACGAGAUCCUUUCAAAACAAGGAAGUGCACGAGAUACAUUACCAGUCAUGAGGAGAAUUAAAAGGCAUAGGAUGCAGAGACACUAAAGCAUCAGGUACUCAGGUAUGGCCUUGAUCCCAAAGAGAAGAUGAAAAACACCAUCCAGUAGGUCAUGUUGCUUCCUGGUGACACACCUGUGUGAGUUGCUUCCUCAGUUCAGAAUGAUUUUAAGGGUUAAUUAAUGUUGGAACUCAUCCUGUGGCCAGCAAUGAGAAGACCUUUCAUUUGAGUCCUGAGAAGUCGGGAAACUCAUUUUCAUAUAGCAUAAAUAGUUCAAUUUGACAUUCUGAUUUAUUCAAGGCCAGCUGAUUGGUUGGUUACUGUGAAAACAUUCACUAUGAUUAUCUAAUAAGUUUUUAUUACUAGUUCAUUGUCA